AAGAUGAAGGUGAAAUGGACCAAGUUAGGCAUGGUGGUCUUUUUGCUGAUAUCCUUGGUCAUGACGGGAUGCUUUAUUUGGCAGUACAGGAUGCCAAAAUUAAAAAUAGGCAAUGUUGUGAACAUUGAGGUGAAGGAGGAAAAGAUGUGCCCUCGUUUCCCUGAGCCAGUACUCCUGGAACAUCCCAUCCCUGCACUCAAGGAAGCAUUAGAAAAGAUAGAUGUUGUCCUAAGGUUAAGUAUUCAUGACACUACACUACCAGCUCUGUCUGCCAUCGUUGUCUUCAACGACUCUGUGCUGUGGAACGGAAACUUUGGCAGAAGGAACGGGAGUGAUCCCUCCUCGCCUCCACCCAACGAAUACACAGUGUACAGAAUUGCAAGUCUCUCAAAGAUCUUCCCGACACUGAUGCUGUACAAGCUAUGGGAGGAGGGGAAGGUGGCCUCCUUGGAUGACCCUUUGGAGAAGUAUGCGGCAAACUUCACCAUCAAGAACCCGCUGGGGAAGCGGCGGGGAGUAGUGGAUGUCAAGGCUGGUUCUGACAGAGACACCCAGCCACGCUCUCCCUCUGUCACCCUGCGCAGGAUGGCCGGUCAGCUCUCUGGGUUACCCAGGCGGCUUCGGUCAACAAAUCUACUCUGGGGUGGAGACACAGACGCUGCUAUAGAUCUAUUACAGGAUGAUGUCCUGGUGGCAGACCCAGGCACCAAAUGUCACUACAGCAACGUGGCCUUCUCUUUAUUGGCUAAUGUCUUGGCCGAGAACUUUGCAAAAUCCGACUACGAGAGCUGGGUGUCCGACAACAUCCUGGAGCAGCUGGGGAUGGAGGACACAGGCUUUGAUAUAACCCCAGCCAUUCAGAGCCAGAUGGCAGUGGGCGUGUACAGCAGCGGCCAAUCGGCACCCCUCUACGACCUGGGCUGGUAUCGGCCCGCUGGCCAGAUGUACUCCACGGCGGCCGACAUGGCCAAACUAGCCAUGGUGCUUCUGGGGGCUUAUAGCCGGCCCCUCCUCCAACAUGACACCCUGAAGACCCUGCUGACCCCUCUGUUUCGCUGCCACCAGGGCUACUUCGCCAACUACACCGGCACGCCCUGGGAGGUCAACGAGCAGCUGGGCUACGAGGUGGUUCGUAAGGACGGAGACCUGGACGGCUACGCCACCACCUUCUCCCUGGUUCCCCGACUGAAGCUGGGCCUGGUGGUGCUGAUGGCCGGGGUGAGGCCGCCAAUAAUGGACGGGGAUCUGGUCACUCAGGCCUACAGCCAUCUCAUCCCAGCCAUGGAGGGCGCUUUCAGGAAUGCACAGCGCAAGCUCUCGCCGCCGCCCGACCCCACGCCCUAUGUGGGCCUCUUCACCUACCAGAACAUGACCUUCUAUGAGAUAAAGGCGAGUUUGGGCGGGGUGCUGGUCAUGCAGCAGUUUGGGCCCCAGGUGGACACCAUGAUGCUGGCCAAGUACAGGACUAUCAGGCUGGACUUCCUGCAGGAGAGGGUGUUCAGGGUGGUGUUUGAGGGGGAGUACCCCUGCAAGCUGAAGGUCAACAGCAUCUCAGUGUCUCUGGAGACCCAGGACAGGCAACUCUUUAACUUCUAUUAUUUCAACGAGAAGGGCGUGUCGCCUGGAUUCGACUCUCCUGGGCUCAACACAUACAAAGUGCUCCGGAUAGCUCGACGGCCAAUCUUCAACAGUUAA